AUGACAUCUGGACAUGGCCCAGCAAGCACAGGAGAGAAGCUCUUCAUGAUGGUCACCCCCUUUGCUACGCGAUUUUCCUUCGAGAAGGUGAAGGUGGAAGAAGAUGAGAGGAGCCCGUUGUUACCAGAGGCACGCCGACUGGGCAAGCUGCUUUCUUCACCCAACGUCCCUGGCCCCCUGUUCUCUCCCGCUGGAGACCCAGACACUGGAUUGCCAGAGAAGCACCCAGGAAAAUGGGAUCUUCUACUGCCUCCCGGCCACAACCUGGAUUCCUGCAGCUAUUGCAUUAAGUACCUGACCUUCCUCUGGAACCUCUUGUUCUCUGUGCUGGGUUUGCUGAUCUUGGCCUUUGGGAUCUGGGGGCUCCUGGACAAGGAGUCCCUGGUAAGUGAGCGUAUAGCCCACCUGGGCUCUGACCCCAUGCUCUUCUUUGUCCUGGUGGGUCUGGCCGUCAGCACCAUCUCUCUGGCAGGCUGCAUGGGAGCGCUCUAUGAAAACACCUGCCUGCUCAAGUUCUUUACUGGGGGAGUCAUCGCUUUUGUCAUCUUGGAGAUUCUCGGCGGGCUCGUACUGUAUUCUCUGAGACACCAGAUCAAGGGCUCCCUGCAGAACACCAUGCUGGUGGCUGUCCUAAGGUACCAGGAUGACCCAGAUCUGAGAUUCAUCAUGGACGAAGUUCAGAUGGGCUUGCAAUGCUGUGGCGUGGAGUCCUACCAGGACUGGAAAAUGAACAUGUAUUUUAACUGCAGCUCCCCCGGUGUGCAAGCCUGCGGCGUUCCCGCUUCCUGCUGUCUGAAUCCCCUGGAGAACGGCACCAUCACAAACUCCCAGUGUGGCUUCGGAGCCCUCGGCAUGGAGGAGUUUGCGGCUCAAAGUAUCAUCUCCCUCGGCGGCUGCGCGCCCCAGCUGAGCCGGUGGCUUCACGGCCACGGGGGGGUGCUGAGCGCCUGCUUUGUGUUUCUGAUCCUGGUUGAAGUUGGAGGCUUCUUAUUGGCAACCAAGUUACUGGCAGACCUGGCAUUUGCCAGAGCGCGAGGGUGGCAGCCAGGGACUUGGUGA